AUGCCCCAUUUGCACAUCGCAAUAGCACAGAUAGUGAACAUACUCAUAAAGGAACACCAGAAGAACACACCGAUAAACAUAAACAGAACGAUCGGCAUGGUAUCAAAGCAGCACAGCCUGAAACGAAUACCCCGUCUGACAGAAAUAAUCAGUGCUAUACCCGCGAAGUACCAGAAUUUAAUACACCUGAUACGUGCAAAGCCUGUAAGAACAGCAUCUGGCGUGGCCAUAGUUGCGGUGAUGUGCAAGCCGCACAGAUGCCCACACAUCGCGCUGACCGGCAAUAUCUGCAUUUACUGUCCGGGUGGGCCCGACUCAGAAUUUGAGUACUCCACACAGUCGUACACCGGGUAUGAACCAACCUCGAUGAGGGCCAUAAGAAACCGGUACGAUCCGUUCAUGCAGAGCCGUACACGUCUGAAGCAGCUUGAAAGCCUUGGGCACGUGCCCGACAAGGUUGAGUUCAUUAUAAUGGGCGGCACGUUCUUGAGCCUCUCCAACGAGUACAAAAGGGAUUUUGUGAAGAAGCUGCACGAUUCACUCAGCGGGCAUUGCUCGUCCACCUUGGAGGAGGCGAUCAAAUUCGGCGAGCACAGCAGAAUUAAAUGCAUCGGCAUCACAAUUGAGACCAGGCCCGACUUUUGCUUCCGUCCACACAUCUCUGAGAUGCUUAGCUAUGGCUGUACACGCGUUGAGAUCGGUGUGCAGAGCAUUUAUGAGGAGGUGGCACGCGAUACCAACAGAGGACACACGGUGAGUGCGGUCGCGUUUGCAUUCCGGAUGGCGAAGGACAGCGGAUACAAAAUUGUGAGUCACAUGAUGCCCAACCUACCGAAUGUUGAUAAGCAGCGCGAUUACGUGCAGUUCCAGGAGUUUUUCUCUAAUCCAAAGUUUCGUAGUGACGGCUUGAAGAUCUAUCCCACGCUGGUUAUCAAGGGCACAGGCCUGUACGAGCUGUGGAAGAAUAAAAUGUACAAGAACUACUCGCCUGAUGAGCUUGUGGACUUUCUCGCACGAAUACUCAUGCUCGUGCCGCCAUGGACACGGAUAUACCGGGUGCAGCGCGAUAUCCCCAUGCCGCUCGUGUCAUCGGGCGUAGAGUACGGAAAUAUCAGAGAGCUGGCAAUGGCUAAGAUUAAGGAUUACGAUGGCAGCUGCAGGGAUGUGCGUAGCCGAGAGGUGGGCAUCAAAAGGAUUGCGGAGGGCAUAGUGCCAAAGGAAAUAACCAUGGUGCGAAGAGAUUACAUGGCAAACAAUGGGUGGGAGACCUUUAUAAGCUUUGAGGAUGUGCAGAGCGACAUUUUGAUCGGACUGUUGAGGCUAAGAAAGUGCAGUACCGACACGUUCAGGAAGGAAUUGCUGGCCGCUGGGAGAAUGGACAGCAUGUCGUGCGGUCACGCAGAGAUAAAGACAUUGGACGAUCAGAGCUGGAAGCGCAACGUCCUAUACCACAAGAGGAGCGUAAAUGUGAGCAACGAUCUGGAGGAGAGAAGCAGAUUAGCCGACAAGUAUCCAGCGGGAGCACGCAACACGGCCAUAAAAGCGGAAGGAGGUUGCACCGGUGGUAAUCUGAGAGACAGAAUAAAAAAUGCACAACCGUUCGACUUUGCUGCUUACGCCCAGUUGAAGGAGAUAAAGAACAGCAAUGCAAGCAUCAUAAGAGAGCUGCAUGUAUACGGCGUAGCGGUUCCCGUGGACAAGCAAAAGAACGAAUGUUUCCAGCACAAGGGAUACGGUGCCAUGCUGAUCGCUGAGGCAGAAAGAAUUGCCAGAGAGGAGCACAGUUCCAACAAAAUGGCCAUAAUAUCGGGUGUAGGCACACGCAAGUACUACGAAAGAUUUGGUUACUGGCUUGAAGGACCAUACAUGGUAAAGAACCUGUGA